CUUUUCGCGUGUUAUUUUGAGCCCGCGACGUCAUCCUCGGCAUCCCGCACCCACCCGAAGUUCCGCUAUUGGCCAGAUUGGGAGCCUUGGCGCCUGAGGAUCUCCAUCGGCGAUCAUUAAUUUCUUUAGCGCAGCCACACAAGCUUACUCCCAAUCCCAGUCCCAGUCGAGGGAUCGGGCUCGUUCUCGUACUUCGUCUGAACUCUGACGUUGCCCUGUUCUCUGAGUUUUUUGGUUUGCGUUUUUCUUUCAAAAUAUCAUCUUCCCUGUGCUCCGAGUCGUGUUGUUAUUGUUCUGUUGCUCUGCUACGACCAUCAAUAUGAGGGCGGCCGUUUUACUGCCCUUCCUGGCCGUCGGCCAGGUGCUUUCCCAAAACACCAACAGCGACGAGGGCGACGAUAAUCAAGCCAUCACCGAGUCCCUUUCCAGUCUCGUGGAGUCCGUCACGACGACAAUCAACGAGGCUACAGUUCCAACCGGCGAAUACAUCACAUACACUACCACCAGCUACCUGACCUCCCAUGGUACGGUCAUCGACUCGACGGCCGUCACAGUCACAUCGACGCCUGGAAGCAAUAUAACUGUUGCCAACGCAACCACAACGGGUACUUCAGAUACUGUUACUGUGCUUAUGGGCGGCCAAACGACAAUUUCUGGCAAUGCGACCAACAAUGCCACCCAGACAUCCUCUCAGACCCCAUCGGCGACCCCUGUCGUCAACACGCAGCCCUGCAAUGGCUGGCCUGAGUUUUGCAACAGGAAAUACUCCAAUAUCACAAUGGUCGCGGCUCAUAACAGUCCGUUUGUAAUGUCAGGCAAUGUUGCUUCGAAUCAGGCUCUGGGUGUGCAAUACCAGUUGGAUGACGGGGUUCGAAUGCUACAAUUCCAAGUCCACAAUUUGAAUGGUACUAUGCAGCUUUGCCACAGCAGCUGUGAUAUGCUCAACGUUGGAACGCUGGAAGAUUAUCUCACUGAUGUCGCCGACUGGAUGAGACAGCAUCCCUACGAUGUGGUCUCAAUCCUUAUUGGCAAUUAUGACUAUGUUGACCCAGGGAAUUUCACCGCGCCUAUUGAGAACUCCGGAUUGAUGGACUUGGUAUUCACGCCGCCCAUGAUUCCUAUGGGACUUGAUGAUUGGCCGAGCUUGGGAAGCAUUAUCCUCUCCGGGAAACGGGCGCUCGUCUUUAUGGACUACCAAGCGGACCAAACCGCCUACCCCUGGUUGAUGGACGAGUUCUCACAGAUGUGGGAGACUCCAUUCUCACCCACCGACCGAGAGUUCCCUUGUACCGUGCAACGCCCACCUGAUCUGGCGGAGGACGCCGCUAGGGAGCGGAUGUACAUGGCAAACCACAAUCUCAACCUUGAGAUCAACAUUGCCAGCCUCAACCUGCUCAUUCCCAACACUGCGCUGUUGAAUGAGACAAACGCCGACUCUGGGUAUGGCAGUCUUGGCAGGAUGGCAGACAACUGCACAAGUAAGUGACCCAUACACGAUGUUGUACACUGCAGUACUAACUUUAACAGCGCGGUGGAACCGUCCUCCAAACUUUCUGUUGGUCGACUACUACAAUGAAGGCAACUUCAACGGCUCGGUAUUCGAAGUUGCGGCGGAAAUGAACAAUGUCACGUACGACCGCGACUCAUGCUGCGGUACCCUAUCCGCAGCCUCCAGCCUGGUACCCGGCGCCACCAUGAUGAGCGCCGUGCUCUUGCUUGUCGGAGUCCAGGUUUUGGCCUCUGCAUUCUAGACGAUACACCUGUCCAUACUGUACAUACCAUAGAAUAUCCUGUAAUUCACGAUGAGAUGACCAGCCACUUGUU